ACUUUACCAAACGAUUAUGGAGCACCUAUUGAAUAUUUCUUACGAGCUGCACAAUGGCAAAGAGCAGUUUCACCAAGGUUAGGUGUUCCACCAGCUCCUGUCAAAAAUAGCAUUUGGUCAAGUCCUUAUAUAAGAUAUGGUCUCCCACUAGGUUUGCUAGCUACAGCAGGAGCAGUUAUGAUGUUGAAAAGAAAUAAAGCAAAUGUUGUAAAUAAUACUGAAGUAGCUGAAGUUAAACAAACUCCAACGCCUUCACAAGCAAAACCUUCAAUGACUCCUGAACCUAUGGAAGUACAAACUCCUGUUCAAAAGUCAACUCCUAAACCGACUCCAACAUUUAAACCAGAACCUACUCCUCAAAUAAAUCGUAAAACUCCUGCGUUUCCUUACUGA